CGCGCCAACUCCUUCACUCUUACUUCAGUCCUUGAUCUCUCGCAGACAAAUUGACUCAUCUUCUACACUCUCAUCAUACCCAAUUUUCUUGAUAGAUUUGUUUAUUGAAUACAUUUAUGGGUUUUGUUUUUUAUACGUCAGAGGUAGUGAUUUAGAGUGUCUGAGGAGGUUGUUUGAGUUUUGUUGUGUUUUUUUCUUUUUUUUUUCUUUUUUUUUUUUUUUUUUUUCGAAGAGGUUUUCCGACGAUGUCUGGGGCGACGCUGGCUGCAGGCCCUCGCAUUCCGAAGCACAUCGAUGAGACACACGGAGAGAAGUAUGAUCGCCGAGCCGGCGAUACAGCCGGUCUCGGAGGUAUCAUGGGCUCCCUCCGCGUGAUCGAGCUUCAAUUGGUGGCGUUCAUCAUCGUGUUUUCGGCGUCUGGGUUGGUUCCCCUCUUGGAUCUUGCUUUCCCGGUGUUCUUGUCCAUCUAUGCGUUUCUGUUGUCGGCUUUGGUGUUUCCGAAUUACGGGAACGCAGAAUCGCUGCAGGUUUUUAAGGGGAAUCGCUUGUUUCAACUGUAUGUCGUGUUCGGGACUGUUAUUGGGCUGUUCUUGCCCCUAGCGUAUGUGUUAGGCGGGUUUGCGCGGAAUGAUCAGGACUCGGUUCGUGCCGCGACACCUCACUUGUUCCUGCUGUCGUUUCAAGUGUUGUCGGAGAAUCUUAUUUCCGGGUUGAACAUCUUCUCGGUUCCAGUUCGGGCGCUUCUGCCUAUUUUGUACAGUAUGCGCCGCUUGUUUUCGUUAAAUGGAUGGGUCAUCAGCACAUGGUUUACCAACAAGGUUGGGCAAGAUAUCCGCAUUCAGGACGAAUACUGGGUUUACUUCGGUCGUGCAUUGUCAGCAGCCAAUGCUAUAUACUACACCAUCAACCUGUUUUGCUUUCUCAUUCCCAUGUUUUUGCCUCGCGCCUUUGAGACCUACUUCAACGACAGAGCACAAUACCAGGCUGAGCAUCCCAAACAAGAGAAGAGCUCCAUGUCCUCAAUGCUCCCAUCGAAGCUGCCAGUUCCCUCGCUUCUGAAGAAACCGCACUCAGAGGAGGGCAAGAAGUCAGAGGAGGACAAGAAGUCAUCCUAGAUGUAUUGACUCCAAACUGUAGGAAUGGUAUUGUUGUGAAUAGGUUGUAGGGCACAAGAAAGAGGGCUUAAUUGAGGAUCACUUUCUGUGUAGAUCAUCACAGGUAUGUACAAGUUAUAGAUGCUUUUUGGUGUCCAGAAAAUAGGAAUGGGGAGCUGACAAUAAUGUGUACCAUUGUAACUUGCCAUAUAACAUGUGUUGUUUAUCAUGCUUUUUGAAAAA